AUGAACAAUGGUACCAUCACAACGCUCAUUGUCAAGCAUCUGCCUGAUUUCAUCACCACAUCACCCGAGUUGCGAGAAAGAUACUUCAAACCUUACAACCCAAUUGACGUUCGAUUUAUGCAAAGUCAAGCUAUGAUUGGCUUUGUGUUUCUAGACUUUCCCAACCGAAGCCUGGCCGAGAAAGCAUUUGAGUUGCUAGCAAAGAUCAAUUUUGGAUUGCAUUACAAGCAAGUAACUGUAGAAUACGCGAAGCCAGAUCCAAAUAGACAGCACACCUCUAUGCUGCCCCUGAAUAUGACAAUAGGACAGCAAGAGCAAGCUGCAGAACCAGUGUCUGCUACACACGGUCUCAUGUAUCCAUCCAAUCCACAACUUAGAUACUACUACCCAGAUCCCACUCCAGACAUUCUGACCAACAUCACACAUGCCAUUGCCACUGUGCCUCGAUUUUAUACCCAAGUACUGCAUCUCAUGAACAAGUACAAUAUGCCGCCACCAUUUGGCCCUGCAGAAAAAGAUGGUAUACCUUCAUUCUUGAAGCGAAAGCAUGAUCAGUCCUUGGCCAGUGACGAGUCAGAGUUAGAGGAUGAUGAACAAGAAGAAAAAGACCAAGACAUAACAGAAGAGAAAGUCAAGCAAGCGAGAUUACUUCGCAUGGCUGCUGAGAAACAGAAAUUAGCGCUACGGAAACAAUCAUUCCCAUCAACAUCAUCGACAACGCAUGCGCCCAACAAGAAGAUCAAGAUCAGCAUUGGGCUCACUGCCGAACAACAGGCAUUACGCAAACAAUGUAAGCCCAUCUCAGAAUUGCUGGAUCUACCUGCAUUCAAAAAUUACGAGGAAGGCACACCAAGCUCGAAACUAUACAUCAAAAACCUCGAUAAACAAGCAACACAGCAAGAGUUGAUUGAUUUGUAUUCGAACUUUUCAAAAGAUGUCAAUGUCAAUCUGAUGACAAAAGGUAGACUACGAGGUCAAGCAUUUGUAGGUUUCAAGGAUAAAUCAGAAGCCUCAGUGGCUCUGCAAUGCACAAAUGGCUAUGUGAUACAUGGCCGUCCUCUGUCUGUGCAAUAUGGAAAGGAAUCUACCAGCAGCAGCAGCAGCCAUUCUGUGCAAUGA